UUUCUACUAUAUGGUUGAGAAUCUGCAAGCCUUGGUUGAAUGGCGUGUCUGCUGGCUGCUCCUUCCUUCAGUCCUCAACUCCGUAUCUUCCAGGGCCUGAGGACGAAGGCUAUUAAGACCCUUGAUUCUGUACAGGUCCCUGCUAUUCGGUGUUCUCUAAAUUCUAAUCAGACCCUCAAGACUUGCAAGAUCUGUAAAACUCAGUUCGACCCUUUGCUCAACCACCCUCGUGCUUGCCGCUUUCACACUGCUCAUUUUGGCGGAGAAACGAAGAGGAAGUUCGAGAGCGUCUACACAGGAGGCACCAUGAAUACACCUGACUCUGGUCAGGUUCUUCAAUACUGGCAUUGCUGUGGAUCUGAAGAUCCAUUUGAUCCUGGAUGCACUGCUGCCCCUCACUCUUCCUAUGAUGACUGAUGGAAUCAAUGCAAUUUCUCAAUCAAUGUUGGUGAUACUCAGUGAACUCCAUCUUCAACAGGUAUGAAGGGCUACUCCUCUCUUCCACUUCUUCAUUGCAGUAAUCUCAGUCCAAGGGGCUAAGCUGAACCCACAGAAGAAAAAGGCAUGCCCAUAUUCUGAGAUUUACAACUGCAGUUUUUAAUCAUUUUGUUUGGAAGGUGGGUUUGUAACUCACAGCUUUUGAUUGAUGGAAAUUUGGAAGUUUAGUAUCACUUGAGAAGGUUUUUAAUCACUGUUACAGUCACAAACUUUAA